AGUCCACGCAACACUCUUCCAGCUUACACCUAUAAAAUGGCCAAUCUCAACACUUCAUAUUUCCGGACACAAACCCCUUCUCUCUAUCUCUUCAUAUUUGCACGUUAAGUACUCAUAACUGCAAACUAAAAUGGCUUCCACUGAUGAACCAAAGAGUAGUAAUACUACUCUUUCAGAUGCUUGGGAUUACAAAGGUCGACCUUCUGAUCGGUCGAGAUCUGGAGGAUGGCUUAGUGCUGCCAUGAUCUUAGGAGUGGAAUUCAACGAGAGACUGACAACUCUAGGGAUCGCCGUGAAUUUGGUUACGUAUUUAACUGGUGUGAUGCAUCUGGGAAAUGCAACUUCAGCUAAUACAGUGACGAACUUUUUAGGGACGUCGUUCAUGCUUUGUUUGCUCGGUGGAUUCAUCGCCGAUACAUUUCUGGGACGAUAUCUCACCAUAGCCAUCUUUGCCACUGUUCAAGCCAUGGGUGUGACGAUAUUGACAAUAUCUACCGUAAUCCCAAGCCUUCGACCACCGAAGUGCGCCGUAGUUGGCUCGUCAGAAUGUAUUCCAGCAACUAGUACUCAGCUCACGGUUCUUUACAUGGCACUUUACUUAACUGCACUCGGAACCGGCGGUUUAAAAUCAAGUGUAUCCGGUUUUGGCUCCGAUCAGUUCGACGAAUCCGAUACAAAGGAAAAAUCACAAAUGUCGACUUUUUUCAACUGGUUUUUCUUCUUCAUUAGUCUUGGAGCAUUAUUGGCAGUCACAGUACUUGUUUACAUCCAAGACAACGUCGGAAGACAAUGGGGUUACGGUAUUUGUGCGACGACUAUCCUUUUAGGCCUCGUUAUUUUCUUAUCCGGGACAAGGAAAUACCGUUUCAAAAACCUUGUAGGUAGUCCGUUGACACAAAUAGCGACGGUUUUUGUUGCUGCAUGGAGGAAACGUCAUUUGGAGUUACCGUCAGAUUCGUCACUUCUUUUCGACCUCGACGACAAAGUACAAGACGACGGCAAAAAGAAAGCCCAGAAGCAAAAACUACCUCAUAGCAAACAAUUCCGUUGUAUGUGCAGUUUUCUCGAUAAGGCGGCAAUCAAGGACAGUGAUGUAGAGCAAACCAAGCAGUACAUUGAAAAUAAGUGGUGUUUAUCGACUCUGACGGAUGUCGAGGAGGUGAAAAUGGUGGUGCGGAUGUUACCGAUAUGGGCAACGACAAUAAUGUUUUGGACGGUGUACGCUCAAAUGACGACGUUCUCUGUGUCCCAGGCAACUACCAUGGACAGGAAACUUGGAAAUUUCUUGAUUCCUAGUGGCUCAUUGACGGUUUUCUUUGUAGCUAGCAUUCUGCUGACGGUCCCAAUUUACGACCGGUUGAUUGCUCCGAUUUGCCGGAAAGUACUCAAAAACAAGCAUGGGCUAUCCCCGUUACAGCGUAUCGGUGUAGGCCUAGUGCUCUCCGUAAUUGCUAUGGCAGUGGCUGCUCUAACGGAAAUAAAACGAUUAAAUGCGGCACGAACAAAUGGGUUAGCGAAUGAUCCAAAUGCCACUAUACCGUUAACUGUUUUCUGGUUGAUCCCACAGUUCUUGAUAGUGGGUGCUGGUGAGGCUUUUACCUAUACAGGGCAACUCGACUUCUUCCUAAGAGAGUGUCCAAAAGGGAUGAAAACUAUGAGUACCGGUCUGUUUUUGAGCACACUUGCACUGGGUUUCUUUCUUAGUUCUCUCUUGGUUUCGAUAGUGCACAUGAUUACGGGCGACACGCAUCCGUGGUUAGCAGACAAUAUAAACCAGGGGAAGCUUUAUGAUUUUUACUGGUUAUUAUCUGGGCUGAGCAUUCUUAACUUCGGGGUUUAUAUGAUUGCUGCAAACUGGUAUGUUUAUAAAGAGGCUAGAUUUGCAGCAGAAGGGAUCGAGCUCGAAGAAGUUGAAUCAUCCGGUCAUUAGAAGAGCUAGAAGCAGAAGAAGCUCCUGCAUGUUGUCAUGCAAUGCAAUUAGAUUAAUUUUUGGGUUAUGGUUUGAUCUGUUGUUGUUUCUUCGUUUUUCUAUGAUGCAAGUCAGUAAAAUGUUUAUGGUAUAUGUGUACAAAUUCACAAAAUAAACGCUAGUAAAAAAAACAAAGAAAAGAACAUAUUUUGUUGUGUAUCAA